CCAAAUCAGAUUUUUCUGAUAGAAUUUCGGAAAAAAGUUGAAAUCCUUAACAUACAUGAUAGAAUCAUUUGCCAUAACGGUUUUUGCUGGAAGUAAUUGAAAAUCGAAACGCAGCGCAAGACUCCAAAGUUUACACUACGGUGGUUGAAAGAGGAGAGAGGCUAUAGUCAGUUUCUAGGUUUCCAUUAGAUGACGUCCGAACACUUAGGAGUUGUUGACGCGCUUCCAUACUUCGAUAAAGGAUAUGAUGAUCCUGGAAUAAGAGAAGCUGCAGCUCUUCUAGUCGAAGAGGAGAUGAAACGAUACAGGCCGACAAAAAACUAUUUGGAACAUCUUCCCUCUUUAUGUGGACCGAUUCAAAUGAAGUUCGAAACUGAGGUGAUGAAAGCUGAGUUUGACAGGCUCUCCAACCGUCUACCAAUGGAAAUGUUAAGUAUGAAACGUUACGAGUUGCCGCCGCCGCCUGCUGGAAAAAUGACCGACGUGAAAGCUUGGCAAGACGCAAUGGAGAAUGCUGAAGCACAGUUAGAACAUCAAGCAACAAGAAUUGAAAAUCUCGAAUUAAUGGCCGAAUAUGGAUGCAAUGCUUGGAAACAGUACAACAAUGUUUUAGAAAACUCUCUGCAAAUUUACGAGAAAGAGCUCUUGGAAAUAAGGUGACUUAUUAUUUACAUAUAAAUGAAUGUGGUAAUCUAAGCUUUUGUAUUGUAAUGCAUUUACUGAAAGAUGUUAAACAUUCUACGGAAAUUAUUAAUUUAUAAAUAAUUGAGAAAAUGAGUGACAUAUUCGCCAAAACUGUUUAACAUGUGAAAAAAAUCCAGCCUUUACUGAUAAAUUUGUGAAAAUUGCAGCGAAGAAAAUUUUCUUUUCGACGAAGUCAUCAUCUAGGCUGUACAUUCGUGUAUUUAUAUCAAAUGGAUGGGA